AGAAGUAGAGCCAGACUGUUAGUGUCACAUAUGAGGACAUAGAACAACAGAAGCAACUCUCACAGUAAGCCUGAUUUAUUAAGAGGAAUAUGUGUUUUAGUUAUCUUGUAUGUUUUUAAGACAGGCUUUUUUUGGACUUCGAUCUUGAACUGGAUGCAAUUGGUACUGUUCAAUAUGAGACCAUUAUACUAACUGAAACAUGGACAAGAACCCCUGGAUUUCAAUGCUUCUCAUAUUACUCCAACUAACGCUUUACAUAUCAGGUGAAAAAAUUAAAUCACCAAAUAUUAUUAUAGUGGAGGGAAAUGUCACGGUGACCUGGAACCCACCCCAGACAAACCCUCUCGGCUGGCUCUACCAAGUUCAGUGGUCUGAGUACACAAUUCAUCCAGCACAGUGGAUCAUUGUGCCACAGUGUAGUCUUCUUCAAACAACCACAUGCAAUAUUGGAAUGAUCACGAACAAUGCACAAUUACAGGUCCGAGUUGGAAUACUCAUGCCCGAAAAAAAUUUUUCCUGGAGUACCAAAAAACUUAUUAAUAUUAAAAGAAGUCAACUGUUAGCUCCAUCUUUUACUCUGUCUUCUACCUCACACUCUGUGCAAGUCAAGGUACAUAAGAAACAAUGGCUUUACGAGAUUUUCCCCUAUGGUCUGCAGUAUACUGCAUAUCUGUGGCCAGAUGGUCAGGAAAACCAGACACUGAUCAGAACUGAUGACAGUGAUGAUGGUGAGAUGAAGUUCAACUACUUGCAAACCUGGCACGUAUACUGUGUGCGUGUGAAGGUGGAGAGUGCCUCCACUGAUGCCAGUAACAUCUCUUCAGAAAGCUGCAUACAGCUGCCACUGGAUACAACACUGAUUAUAUACUUUGCGUUUCUUGGAGCUCUGGGCAGUGCUGGUUUCCUCAUGAUCUUUGUCUGUUUUAUAAGACGUCCUGGGAAAAUGCCUGCUUCUUUGAAACCUGUUGUGCACAGCUGGAGCCCCAUGAUUGUAGGACUGGACAAAGUAGAAACGGUGACGGACAAGGGAUGGUUACUCAUCGCCAACAAAACAGAGAUAAAGAGGCAAAUGUCAGAAGAGAAGCAUGCUGUUACUGAGGAAGAGAAAGAGAGGAGAGAAAGCUUGGACAGUGGAGUGAGCAUGGAACUGUCACACCCUUCUGCUCUCAAUGCAUCGACUGGUGGACAGAUGGGAGACACACAAGUGGACAGUGGCUGUGGGAGUCUGAAAGGACCCGAGGGCAGUGGAAAUGUUGGUGCAGCCACAGCGGAGCUUCUUUCUCUGGAUGAGAGAAGUCGUCAAGACAGAACUGAGAGAAAGGAAGACAGUGGUUUGGGACUGGCUCCCCAUGAAGCAUCUGGUUGUCUAGACAGGGAGGACAUUGAGCUGUUGUCUGGGGUUGGGGUCAGGGGUGGAUAUAGGAGUCAGAGUCCUGCCAGCGUGGACAUACUAAAUGAGAGAACUGAUCCCUGUGAAAUGGACACAAACAUGGCUGCUCCAUCAGGUGGAUAUAGGUCUGGUCAGGGCACAUGUACGUGUUCAGACUAUGAGCACUGUGUCUGGUGCAAAUUUAGGAAAUCCAUAGGUUGUCAGUCAGGGACUCAAACAAAGACAUAUUUUAGCCAGUUGGACAGUGACAAUGGUGAAGGUGCCUCUGGAAUUUCCACCUACCUGAGAAAUAGUAUUAUCCAGACAGUAAAUGUUCUAGGUAUAGAGGAGGACCCACAGUCAGUGUUCCCUCAGUCAGAUAUGAGCACAGUGGAUUGUUCUGAAUUGCUCUUGUCCUGUCCUUUGCUUCUGCACUGUGAAGAAAAUCAGCUCUUUACAAUGGAUGCUCUGUCUUUCACACUUGAUGACGUGGAAUUCGCCUCUCCAGAAGCUGCUUGUGUGUGACCUCUGUUUAAAAACAUACUGAAAAUGUGAAAUCUAGUUUUCCUCUGGAAACUAAGUAGGAGGUCAUGAACUCAAACAAGUGACUUGAACAAACAUGCUUGCAACUUAACUACUCUAGCCGUUAACUUGUUAACUAUAAAAAAAAAUUAGAUCAGGAGAAAUUUUAUCAUUUGUUGCGGAUGCAAUAGGUACUAAAAUUUGCACUGUAACUAAAACAAACAAAAAACAAAAUGUAUGCUGGCCUAGAGUAGGGGCGGGGGGAGGAAGCAAGGGGUGUUGAGAAGAGCUGUGUAUAAUGGGUAUGCCCUGUGGGACCACAGACAAUCAUGCUUUCCUCACAAAAUAUCCCCUCUGCGAAUGUGGCAUAAGAAACAGUAAGGGCACUCAGUUCCAGGUGUUCUUUUGUACUUCUGCAUGAACUGCUAUCUUUUUGUAGUCCAGGGAAUCCACCUUCAUGUCGCUGUUACAAAAAUACAGUAAUGGUGCUAAUUACUUGGUUAACAAUAACAUUUGGUUUGUUAAUGCUCAGGUCAAUGGUUUGUUAAUGUUAGCUAAUGUAAAUAAUGCUAAAAUGGGAAUCCUAAUAUGAAGCGUUGCCAGUACUUAGUUCAACUCACCUACUAACUAUCAAGUUUCUUAAUAAGAGUAAUCACAUGUCAGAGGAGGGUAAACACUAAACUGUGUGUUUUUGUUGUUCUUCAAGGCAGCAGAUGGUCUUGAUGGAGAGGCAGGAUAAGGG